CUCCUAUCCCCGCCCCCUUUCGCCUGGCGCGGCCAAGAUGCCGCGGCGCCAAAGGGCGCUCGCGGGCCCGGGCCCCGCGCUCACAGCUCCCGGGGGAAGCCAGGUUGCCAGGUUGGUUAACGCCUCCGCCCGCGCGCAGAUUGUCCCGGGCUGAAGGCGCCACCUCUGGCGCUCAGGCGCGAGCCGCCCCUCCCGCACAGCCCUUGUCCUCCAGGCCCUCCCUCUCUGCCCCUUCCACGCGCCGUCGCCCGCCUCAGGCACCGACAGGUGCCGCGGCACUGGGUGUGGGUCUUCAUCCCAGGAUGCAAGCGUGCGAGGGCAGCGCAGCCGGACGCCGGGCCUUCGACAGCAUCUGCCCCAACAGGAUGCUGGACCUGUCGCGGCGGACCCUCGGCAAGCCCGGGAAGCCGGAGAGGAAGUUCGUUCCUUCGUGGAAGUCCUUUUCGGGAUGCGGUGGCGGCAGCCCGGUGGCGGUGUACGAGGACCCUCCGGACGCAGAGCCCGCCCCACUGCCAGCUCUCACAACCAUAGACCUGCAGGACCUCGCCGACUGCACCUCGCUGCUCGGAACCGAAGCGUCUCCUAGUGGUGAUUCGUCCGCGUCGCAGAACCCCUCCUUGCAAACUGAAGAAGACUUCAACCUGCAGAAUUUCAGAGAUGCAAUGGAUGACCUCAUUGCAGAUUCAUCCUCUUUGAUGUCGCCUCCCCUGACCAACAGUGACUUUCCCUUUUCCCCUUGUGAUGUUUCGUCUUUCGGGUCCUGCCUCUCCCCAUCGCUGGACCCACCUGCCUUGGGGUCUCCAGACCUGCCGCCACCACCAACGGAGCAGUACUGGAAGGAGGUGGCUGACCAGAACCAGAGGGCACUGGGGACUGCUCUCAUAGAGAAUAACCAACUGCACGUGACGCUGACGCAGAAGCAGGAGGAGAUAGCCUCGCUCCGGGAGAGGAACGUGCAGCUGAAAGAACUCGCCAGCCGGACCCGGCACCUGGCCUCAGUGCUGGAUCGCGGCUCCAGGCGAGUCCCCCUGGCUCCAGGGCUCUCCCUCAUCUUUCACAGAAGCUGAUGAUCACGCAGUCUCCUGCCGAGCCCUUCCAGAUCAAGGCAACAACGAAAAGGAGCCUGGAGGAGCUGUUCUGUGCUGCGGGGCAAGCAGGGCAGGGUUGCGCGGAAGUGGACGCCAUCCUCAGAGACAUCUCCCAGCGCUGCGAGGAAGCCCUGCACAAUCGUGACCCUAAGCGGCCCAGGCUGCAGCCAGAGCCAGACAGCAAGGACUGCAGCUCCAGGAACCUCCACGGCGCCUUCCGAGGACUGCGCACCGACUGCAGCGCCAGCUCGGUGAAUCUGAGUCACAGUGAGCUGGAGGAAGGCGGCUCCUUCAGCACGCCCAUCCGCAGCCACAGUACCAUCCGCACCCUGGCUUUCCCCCAGGGCAAAGCCUUCACCAUCCGGACAGUCACCGGUGGUUACAAAUUCCGCUGGGUCCCCAGCUGAUCUGGGAUGUGGCUUCCCCUAAAAUACUGCCCUGUGUAACAGCAGAGAGAAGCGUCUGCAAGCAAGUGGGCAUAGCUAGAAAUGUUUCCCACAUCUGGUUCCCAGAAUUCUCUGCAAGCAAACGCUACUCGGAAACUUUAUUAUAUAUUUUUUUUUUUUUUCAGAAACAGAAGUGUCUUGGUACCUGUGCAAUGAAAAGUUCUGCUCCGAAGCCCCAUAUACUGCUUGCUUUUGCACGGUGAAAUUGCGUGUAUACACACGCACACCUGCGGCUAAGCACACGCCACAGUCAAACUUAGAUGUAUUUAUUUUUUAGCGCUUUGUUUGUUUGAGGCAGGUCCAGGAGGCACAUAGAGCAGCUGGACACAGACUUGCUAUUAUGAUUGCUUCUGUUUCCUUCUGCUUCCAUCUCCUGAGUGCUGGGUUAGAGGUGCUCACCGCCAUAUUUGACUGUUUUAGCCUUUUUGUAAGAAGAGAGAACAGUGCAAAGGAAUGAUGGGGGGUUCCACUAGAGAGGAAUUAUCCAAUCACAGCCAUUUAAAGGCUUGGGAUUCAGAACCCCGGUAUCUGGGUGUUUUGGCACAUCACCCAAUUCCCCUCUGUCCUCAGAGUACACCUACCUCCUAGCUGUGUUAACUACUGGAAAAUGCUAUUUCAGUUGGAAAAAACAAAAACAAACAAAAAACCACCACCACCAAAACUCCGGAAACAACUUGGCAGUUGUGGAGCAAGCUCACACAAGGAUGCAGUGGUCAUCCCAGCACUUGGGAGGCAGAGGCAGGCGGAUCUCUGAGUUCCAGGCCAGCCUGGUCUACAGAGUGAGUUCCAGGACAGCCAAAGCUAUGCAGAGAAACCCUGUCUUAAAUAGCAAAGAAACAAAACCAAGCAAAGCUACACAAUUAGGCAAAUGCUGAUGCAGGAUAGGUGCUAAACACAGUUGUUUGAAAUAAUCAUCCUAUGAUUUUGUAAGAGUUGGUUUGCGUGCUUGCUGCUUUUGGAGAGGGCUUGGACUUCAGAACCCAGCCAGCAUCCAUAUCAAUGGCUCAAAUGGGAAAGAAACUCCAGUCCUGGGGUGGGGGUGUGGUUAUCUGACAUCAUCCUCUUCUGGUUUCUGUGGGCAUCUGUAUACUCCGGAGCUACACACACACACACACACACACACACACACACGCACAGGCACAGUCACAUAAGUAAAAUUCUUUACAAAAGGAUUUAUGGUAAUGUCUCAAUGUAUUCAGCUUUAUCAGUGCAAACAGAACCACCUCCAAACCAACUUAGUUAAGAAGAAAGGCUGGUUGUUUUAAGCAAGUGGUCUGUACUCCGCAAACUGGGGGCCCCUCACCAUAUUUCACAUUACAUGACUAGUUCUUGUAAGCAAAAUGUAGUGACCUUCCCUCAAUUUUUCUCUCCCUAUUGUUUGUGGUUCUCUUCCCACCCCACACUCUGUUCUGAAAUCACACAAAUGGAGGACGUCCUGUGCGAUUUCUCUCAACCUCCACAUGCUCGUUCUGAGGGUUCUUCCUGCUCCUGGGGCUGGGCUGGGCAGGCCUCCAGAUGUACUGCACCACAGUGCAUAGCUGGCUCUUCAGGCUGAGUGCACAGAUCAGGUAGCAGGUGGGUUGGUUAAGGCAGCAAGACCUGCUCCUCCAGUUUGCCGUGUGUACUGUUAUCUGUACUUAAAUAGCCAUUUCGAAACAAAAAAAAUUGAUAAAAUAGACCAUGUUUCCUCAUAUUUUGCCUAACAAAUGGACUGAAAACGUGGGUUGUUCAGCUCCCCCCCCCCCAUAGGCUCAAAUAUGCAGUUAGCACAGGUCAAGAUCAAACAAAACAAGCUUCAAAAUAAAAAACAAAUCCUUUUAAAUCUGUCACAACGAACAAUGGCUCUCCUGCUCUCUGAUACUCGUAAUGCAUUACCUUCAGUGGCCAUAAACUACAGACAGUGUAUGUAAGUUUCUUUUAUGCCCUGUGCGUAGAUUUUAAAUAAUCACCUUGCUAUCACCUUUCACUUUACAGUUCUAUAACUGCCAUGCUAGUGGCCAGCAGCUCCAUUUCCUGCUAUUUUAAAAAGUACAUAUUUUAUUUGUUUUUAGAAAUUGAUAUUUAUACAAUGUAUUUUUUAUCAAAUUCACUUCCUAUUCCUCCCUAACUCCACUGAGAUCCACCCCCACUCCUUACCCCAUUUUAACUCUGUCUUCCUCCUCCUCUUCUAUAAAACCCAUCAAGUCCAAUUAUCUUUCAUUCUUGUGGGAAAAAAAAGCUCUCUUUGGAACAAUUGGCACCAGGGACCAACUUAUCAUCAGUUAACAGUAGAAUCUAGAAACUAGUCUUCUAACAUAUUUAUUGAAAACUGAUGGCAAUCUCUUUAUCUCACAUUCUAAGAAAACAAUCAAAGAGCAGAAUAUGUAAUUUCUUUUCUAGGCAGAGAUACAUAUGUGACAAACAAUUCAAGUGCUGGCAAGGACAUGAAAAAGGACAAGGGGGUGGUCUCAGCUCAGGCUGCAGUACAGGAUAGGCG